AUGGCAAAUUUGAGACGUAAUAGUCAAAUUGUCUUAGCAACAGCUUCCUCAGGUAUAGCUGCUACAUUAUUACCUGGUGGUAGAACUGCACACUCUCGAUUUGGGAUCCCCAUUGAUAUAGAGCCCAUUUCUAUUUGCAAAAUAACAAAUAAUUGUGACCUUGCAAAACUCAUUAGAAUAACCAAUGCAAUCAUUUGGGAUGAAGCACCCAUGAUAAAUAGAUAUUGUGUGGAAGCAUUAGAUCGAUCACUGCAAGAUAUUAUGAAUAUCAAUGCUCUAUUUGGUGGAAAAAUAAUGAUCAUGGGAGGAGAUUUUCGCCAGGUGCUUCCUGUUAUUGAAAAAGGAAGUAGAGGACAAAUGAUUUCAGCGUGUAUUGUUAGGUCUCAAUUAUGGGCCACCACAAAGAUCAUACACUUGCGCCAAAAUAUGCGAUCAAUUCAUGACCACGAGUUUGCAUAG